AUGAAGCCUUCAAUGCUCCUGUUGGUCCUGUUCCUCUGCGUGCUCCUGCUGCCUGCCCCGGGAUGGAAAAAGAAGAAGUACUCUCAGAGAGAGCUGUCACUUCAGGAGUGCUGGGGACAGCCAAAAGUUAACGAUUGUAAAAAGAAGUGUUCUAGACGUUUCAGAUGUCUACAAAAAAAUCACACAUGCUGCUGGACCUACUGUGGGAACAUCUGUGCACCAACUGGGGUGAGCUGA